AUGGCUGCAACAGCGGCUUGGAUGCAUGGCCCCUCCAAUAUGCGGCUAACCGAGGGUUUCGUGUCUGUUCUGAAAGAGCAGCGGCCCGAAUAUUUACCUGCACUUUUAGCGAAUUACCGGGAGCAUGGCGUGUUCUCGACUCAGGUAAAAUUGGCCAGCUAUUCUUGGAAUUGGCCACGCAUGGCAUCCCGUCUGCGCUCCAGUCCGUAGCAUGUCUCAAUUCAAUCGACUCGUGCUAGUCUUUGUUUUUCCCUUGCUGUAUGCUAUUGUGUCAUAUAUCUUGCUACAUAGCCAACUCUAAUGUCGUUUUGCUUCUAAAGUUUGUAUAACAGUGUUGAUCGCCAGGUUGCUGUCACUUACUUCUCGCUCCUAUCCCCCAGAGUACCGGAGCUGUCGGUGGUCUCGUGGGACUCAGCAACGCCAAACUCGGCAACAGCAAAACCAAGUUCGAGGGUCUGUGCCUUCUCUCCGUGCUGGUCAAAGACAGUUCUAGUGAUGUGUUCCAACAACACUGUCUCUCAUGGCUACGGUCCCUACAACAGGUCAUACAGGUAAGACACUGUAUGAAGACACCUGUAGACCAGUGCUUGACUUGGGAAGGAGCUCAGGAAGAGUACCACCACCUCAAAUGUUCUACUGCUUGAGCUCCUGUGUCUCUUAUAGAAUAUUAGCUCAAAAAUUGAGUACCGACACCUAUUUCAGUCCAAGUCAAGCACUGCUGUAGACUUUCACGAUAAACACACACACACACCAGAGAUACAAGAACUGGAGACGCAUCUGUCCAAAACAUUCACUGUGAGACAAAUCCAAGACACACACCUGUACAGCAAAACACAUAACCCAGAGAGAGACACACAUUUUAUGAAUUUGCUUAAUGAAAUGUGGAUGGGGACAUCAAAGAACUGGGCUAAAUCUCUUAACAUGUCUUAUUUAAAAAAUCUACUUAAGCUAAUUCAAACUCUUUUUUCCUAUAUCCCACAGUCCCAGGCCCCUCUCCCUUCCAUCCAGCUAGCAGUGGGUGUCCUCCAGGACCUGCUCCAGUAUUCCUCCCAGCUACCUGAGCUGGCCAGGGAGGUGGGCCUCAACUCUGUCCUGGGGAUCCUCACCUCCCUGCUAGGCCUCAAGUCUGAGGUAAAUUAGGGCUGGGGAAUAGCUUGUAGUAGAUAACUAUGUAAGAUGGAGGAUACUAAAGCAAAAAGGUGGCAGUGAAAUACUAGUGAUUCAUUCUCUGUACUUUGUAUUGAGGACUACUAGAGCAGAAUUCAGGCAAUUGCUUUUAUUUAUUUUGUUGGAUCUAAUCGAUAUUAGCUGACUGCAAACAGAACAUUUAUCAAUAGAUCAAUUUGUGGAUUGUAGCAUACAGUGUGGUUGUAAAGUAACAGUGUGUGUAUGUUUAGUGUCACCUAGCUGCCAUGGAGGGGAUGACCGCAUGUAUGACCUUCUAUCCUCGAGCCUGUGGCUCCCUGAGGGUGAGUAUUAGAACAUACUCAUUUACUAUAUUACAAAUACGAUACUCUUUUAGUACAUCAUAUUUGGGAGACAUUGUGUUGUUGUUAUGGAUGUUGUUGUUUUAUCUCUGUCUGACUAUUUGUCUUCAACAGGACAAACUGGGUGCCUAUUUCUUAUCCAAAAUGGACAGUGCCAACCCAAAAGUACAAGAGGUUUGUCUUCAGUUUAUUUGUGACCCACCACCUGGAUUCGGUCCUAUGUAGCAAAAUUUGAAAUUGUGUUUUUUACAUUGGAUAAAAGUAGAGACUCCGAUCUUGAAAAUUGUAUAUCGUACACUGCAGUUGAGCAACAAUGGGAAAGUAAUUCUGCUUUGAAAGUUGAUAAACUUGUAACCCCACUUUUGAGAAAAUGGCCCGUGAAUAUUUUCGUACACGUACUGGAGAGCUCUUCUUUGUCUACAGCCAUUCAGCAUCCUUCACACCCUCUUAAGCCUUAGCCCCACCCAUCUCUUUAAGGAUUCACAGUGUAGUAAACAACCACAUAUUUCAAGACUAAAUGUGGUGAAAGUAGUAGCAAAAAUACACUAUCUAGUCCUUGGCCUAUAUCCUAAUCUGAUUUUGGUGCAGGUCAUGUUGUUCUUCACAUUACCGUUUCUGGUAAACACACUAUAUCAAAUAAAACAAAGUUUAUUUGUCACAUGCACAGGAUACAGAAGGUGUAAACGGUACAGUGAACUGGUUACUUGCAUAGUGGAGUCUUUGGUUUAGACAUGUAGCUAGCUAAACAAUUAACCAUAAUCCCAACUCUAAUGCCGCGUUCAAAACAACUGGGAAGUCAGGGGGGAAAAUUAACUCUGACUGGGGAAAAAUCGAUUUGAACGGUCAUCCAACUCGGAAUUCCAACUCGGGCCUCUUUCUAGAGCUCCGACCGGAACAUCACUGAUGUCAUGCUUUGACCUCGUACUUUUCAGAAUUCCCAGUUUUGAACGUGGCAAUACUACCAUGCAUGAAUCUGCAGGUAGCUAAAGCUAACCAACUAGGUUCAAUGUUAGCUAGCUGGCUAACAUUAGGCUAUAACUAGCAAUGCAAAUGAAUUUCUGAGAUACUAAUAAUAUUACUACACCAAUCAUACACGUAACAUUAGCUAGCGAGCCAGCCAGCUAACAUUAGCUAGCUAGCUAACAGCACUCUUUAACUUGCAAUGAAAAUGACUUUCUGACAAAAUUAGAAACUAAUAAUAUCUGAAAAUGUAGCUAUACUCUUACCCAUAUACAUGGAUGAACGCUUCUCUCUCUGUCACGGAUGCCAUGGUUGCCCUUAGUUUGAAGAUGUAAUCCGGAGACGUGUUUUAUACAACAGCCUUUUUUCUGUGCUCUUUUUGGACUCUCCACAUUUGGCAAUCCUCUUUCUGCUUCCACCAGGCAUUCCACUGAUUUCAAAACUCGGUCAAUUUCUUCAGUGACAACGACACCGUUUCUUCCCCACCAUUGUCAUCAGAAGACUCUACAAUGUCUGGUUCAAUGAAAAUGUUUUAACCUAAAUCAAGGAUUUCGUCAUUCUGAUUAAUUUUCUGAGUCAGCAUGGCACUAUCAUCCUCCAGAAAGUAGUCCAUCAUAACUGUUUCCCACUGAGCUUUGUCGAUAGCGCUAUUAACCUCUACUUUGAUCGUGUGUCCCGUAUACAGGACGAUUGAGCUAAUGUGUGCUAAUGUGAUUAGCAUGACUGUUGUAAGUAACAGCAAACUUUUCAGGACAUAGACAUGUCUUAUAUGGGCAGAAAGCUUAAAUUCUUGUUAAUCUAACUGCACUGUCCAAUUUACAGUAGCUAUUACAAUGAAAAAAUUCCAUGCUAUUGUUUGAGGAGAGUGCACAAAAGCAAAAAAACGUAUCACGGCAACUGGUUUGAUACAUUCACCUCUGAAGGUAAAUAAUAUACUUACAUUCAGUAAUCUUGCUCUGAUUUGUCAUCCUAAGGGUCCCAGAGUUAAAAUGUAGCAUAGUUUUGUUUGAUAAAAUCAAUUUUUAUAUUCAAAUGUAGGAACUGGGUUCUACAGUUUGAACCCCUGAUGUCUCUGGCUCCACACCCACCCCGCCCGGCCAUAUAGUCUGCGUUUAUUUUCAGCAAACUUAACGUGUAAAUAUUUGUAUGAACAUAAAAAACUCAACAACUGAGAUAUAAACUGAGCAAGUUCCACAGACGUGACUAACAUAAAUGGAAUAAUGUGUCCCUGAACAAAGGGGGGGUCAAAAUCAAAAGUAACAGUCAGUAUCUGGUGUGGCCACCAGCUGCAUUAAGUACUGCAGUGCAUCUCCUCCUCAUUGACUGCACCUGAUUUGCCAGUUCUUGCUGUGAGAUGUUACCCCACUCUUCCACCAAGGCACCUGCAAGUUCCCGGACAUUUCUGGGGGGAAUGGCCCUAGCCCUCACCCUCUGAUCCAACAGGUCCCAGACGUGCUCAAUGGGAUUGAGAUCCGGGCUCUUCGCUGGCCAUGGCAGAACACUGACAUUCCUGUCUUGCAGGAAAUCACGCACAGAACGAGCAGUAUGGCUGGUGGCAUUGUCAUGCUGGAGGGUCAUGUCAGGAUGAGUCUGCAGGAAGGGUAACACAUGAGGGAGGAGGAUGUCUUCCCUGUAACGCACAGCGUUGAGGUUGCCUGCAAUGACAACAAGCUCAGUCCGAUGAUGCUGUGACACACCGCCCCAGACCAUGACGAACCCUCCACCUUCAAAUCGAUCCCGCUCCAGAGUACAGGCCUCGGUGUAACGCUCAUUCCUUCGACGAUUAACGCGAAUCUGACCAUCAUCCAUGGUGAGACAAAACCGCAACACAUCAGUGAAGAGCACUUUUUGCCAGUCCUGUCUGCUCCAGCGAUGGUGGGUUUGUGCCCAUAGGCGACGUUGUUGCCGGUGAUGUCUGGUGAGGACCUGCCUUACAACAGGCCUACAAGCCCUCAGUCCAGCCUCUCUCAGCCUAUUGCGGACAGUCUGAGCACUGAUGGAGAUUUUGUGCGUUCCUGGUGUAACUCGGGCAGUUGUUGUUGCCAUCCUGUACCUGUCCCGCAGGUGUGAUGUUCGUAUGUUCGUAUGAUCCUGUGCAGGUGUUGUUACACGUGGUCUGCCACUGCGAGGACGAUCAGCUGUCCGUCCUGUCUCCCUGUAGCGCUGUCUUAGGCGUCUCACAGUACAGACAUUGCAAUUUAUUGCCCUGGCCACAUCUGCAGAACUCAUGCCUCCUUGUAGCAUGCCUAAGGCACGUUCAUGCAGAUGAGCAGGGACCCUGAGCAUCUUUCUUUUGGUGUUUUUCAGAGGCAGUAGAAAUGCCUCUUUAGUGUCCUAAGUUUUCAUAACUGUGACCUUAAUUGCCUACCGUCUGUAAACUGUUAGUGUCUUAACGACCGUUCCACAGGUGCAUGUUCAUUAAUUGUUUAUGGUUCAUUGAACAAGCAUGGGAAACAGUGUUUAAACCCUUUACAAUGAAGAUCUGUGAAGUUAUUUGGUCCUGAAAAAGGGACGUUCAUGGUAUAAAAGUUUGUUAUUAAGGCACAUGUUCCAGAAGGCAUUUCUGCCAAAAAAACGCACAAAAUAAAAAACGUUCAAAUGCCUCUUCUGUGAAGUAGUGACAUGCCUAGUUUCUUGAAACGGGUCACAGUUUCUUCCAUGUCAAAUCUAUCUCUAUUUGUAUGCUUUAUUUAUACAAACCUCAUGUUUGUCAACUCCUUCACUUUUCUCCUCCAUCUCUCUCUUCCAUCUCCAUCUCCAGGUAGCAUGUGAGUGUUAUGGUCGUCUGCCCUGUCUGGGCGGAGUCGUGGAGAGAGGGGGUGGCGGGCGCAGAGCCGAGGGAUGGACCAGUCAGCUUCACUGCCUGCUGGCCUCGGCCAAUAGCAUACUGGCACAACUCUACCAGGGCUCUGAAUCAGGUAAAGAAUGCUUUUUCUUUCAUAAAGUUUGAGUAUGAGCGCUGAUCUAGGAUCAGUAUAGCCGUAUAGAUCAUAAUGAAUAAGAUUACAUGGUCAGGGGAGACCUGAUCCUAGAUCAGCACUUCUACUCUGAGAUGCUUUCAUGAAUGAUAAAAACAUGAAAAUAGUCUUCUGGGUUUUACAACCAGAAUGAUGCUUAUCUACUAGGGAUGUAAUGAGUCACCGAUACGCAUCGGAAUCCGGUUCAAAUGUUUUAAGAUACGAGUGCACCGGUCCGCGGGAGCCCAAACCGAUCCAAAUGUAGCAUGAAUCGGUCAGAAAAUCAAUUCAAACGUUUACGAACCGCCGAUUUCACUAACGGCUUUUACUCAUAUAAUGUUAUUUCCCCCAUUCGAAAAUACCUCUAAUCUUUUGUGACUGAAUUGAUGCGUCCUCUCCUUCAGUAGCCUAUCGAACUAAGCAUGUAAAUGUGUAUGACAGUCACUGAUCUCCAAGCCAGAUAACAACUGUGUGUGGGUACAGAGCGCAGCUGCUCGUGCCAGAGGUAGGCCUACCUCUGAUCUUAUAUUCAAACAUCUGCGUGGCACCUUCAGCAUUCAAAUGCUUGUAAAAUGGCUUUUGCAAUGUCAAAUUAUAUGGUUUAUUAGUUGGGUGACAAGCAUUGUAAUUUGCUGGGUCAUUGUUACCAAAUACGAUGUAGAAAAUUGUGUUUUCCCGGCGGAGUUGUGUAGACUACCGGAGUGGACACAACUUACAUGUUGCUGAUUGCACAUCUAAUUACUGCGACUCGCUGUUGGCUGGGCUCCCUGCCUGUGCCAUUAAACCCCUACAACUCAUCCAGAACGCCGCAGCCCGUCUGGUGUUCAACCUUCCCAAGUUCUCUCACGUCACCCCGCUCCUCCGCACACUCCACUGGCUUCCAGUUGAAGCUCGCAUCUGCUACAAAACCAUGGUGCUUGCCUACGGAGUUGUGAGGGGAACGUCACCUCCGUACCUUCAGGCUCUGAUCAGUCCCUACACCCAAACGAGGGCAUUGCGUUCAUUCACCUCUGGCCUGCUGGCUCCCCUACCUCGGCGGAAGCACAGUUCCCGCUCAGCCCAGUCAAAACUGUUCGCUGCUCUGGCACCUCAAUGGUGGAACAAGCUCCCUCACAACGCCAGGACAGCGGAGUCACUCACCACCUUCCGGAGACACUUGAAACCCCACCUCUUUAAGGAAUACCUGGGAUAGGAUAAAGUAAUCCUUCUACCCCCCCUUACCCCACCCCCCCCCCAAAAAAAAAAAUUUGUAAAGUGGUUGUCCCACUGGCUAUCAUAAGGUGAAUGCACCAAUUUGUAAGUCGCUCUGGAUAAGAGCGUCUGCUAAAUGACAAAUGUAAAUCUAACUGCUGAUUGGGUCUUUUUGAUUGCCAGGUUUGACCAUAAGAAAUAGUUUUGGUAGUUUUGCUUGAAACAGUCAGUGCAUUUGGUCAUUUUUACAGGAAAGGUUAAAGUUGUAAUUUCAUAACAAGGACAGCAAUCAUUUUUGCGAGCCGCACUGUAUGGUCAGAGUGGAGAAGAGCAUCUCUUCUCCGUAAAGUUCCAAAUGGUCAAAAACCAUUUGUUUUUGAGACGGGGUGAAAUACAAAGCUGUGUUAUAUUAAUUGGCUAUGUCAUAGUUAAUUUCUAAAGAUAAAUAUUGACAUAUUACUAUAAUUAAAAAAAACUGUUAAAAUGACAAGUUAAUCAGUGGGUGAUGGGGAUUUCAGAUAAAACAUUGGGGGACAAAAAUUAUAAAUUGCCCUCCACCCCUAAUCUGGAUGCUCAGUCUGUCCUAUGACUCUGCUCAGGUGCCUACACACACCAUAUACAUAAUUUUCUCUCACACACACACACAAACAGAGGCCCAAUCAGCUCAGAGUGGCCCAGGUCCUUAGCUCUAUUUGCCUGUGUUCAUGCAAGAAAUGUAUCGAUUUGUUCCUCUAAUCAAACAGAAUCGCACCGAAUCGUUUCAAACUUAAAGUAUUGUUCCUGUAUCAGUAUCAGAGCCCAUGUAUCUGGAUUGUGCUUGAAAGGAACUAUUCACAUCCCUAUUAUCUAGUGAGUCAUGCCUCUUUCCCUACUGUGUGUUCUGCCCUCUUCUGGUUCAGAAGGGACAGUGCAGUAUGAAGGGCCAGGUGUAGAGCUGCCCUACCCUCCUCUGGACGACACAGACCCCCUCCUCCUGCUGCAGCUACAACACAGAUACAGAGCUGCCUGUCUGGGUCUCAAACACACACUCAGGUAGGUACACACACACACACACACACAUCGGAAGCUUUUACUAACUACCCAAAUUAAAAUUGUUCAUGUGUCUCUCUACUCUUCUGUUUCUCUCUCUGUUCCUCUAUCUCUCUCUCUCUGUUUCUCUCUCUCUCUGUUUCUCUCUCUCUCUCUCUUCUCUCUCUCUCUCUGUUUCUCUCUCUGUUUCUCUCUCUCUCUCUGUUUCUCUCUCUGUUUCUCUCUCUCUCUCUGUUUCUCUCUCUCUCUCUGUUCUCUCUCUCUCUCUCUUCUCUCUCUCUCUCUCUCUCUCUCUCUCUCUCUCUCUCUCUCUCUGUUUCUCUGUGUUUCUCUCUCUCUGUCUCUGUGUGUUUCUCACUCUCUCUCUGUGUUUCUCUCUCUCUCUCUCUCUGUCUCUCUCUCUCUCUGUCUCUCUCUCUCUCUGUUUCUCUCUCUCUCUGUUUCUCUCUUUCUCUGUUUCUCACUCUCUCUUUCUCUGUUUCUCACUCACUCACUUACUCACUCACAGUGUGGACCCGGCCUCUGCAGUGCGUCUACCUGUACAGCAGGUGCUCAACCUGGUCUGUCGCGCCCUGGCGGUCAGCUCCAAGAGCAUAGUGAGUGCCUCCUCUCUCUCUCACACACAAACACCACUGUUUUGUCAACCACCCCCCAAAAAAAGAAUACAUUCAACCACCAAAAAUGCAGUAGGUACAUGAGUAUCUUUAGUGUAUCGUUAACAUGCUUCUCUUUAUCAACAGAAUUUAACAGGUGAUGGGUGUGUGAGGCUGCUGGUGUUGCCUGCCAUACACAAAGAUACUCUACAGGUGCUGCACGCUCUCAUCACAGCGUAAGUACCUACUGAAUGCAACCCAGUUGCUAGCCUGGUCCCAGAUCUGUUUGCGCUCACGCAACUCCAUUGCUGUCAUUGUCUAGUCAAACAAUGAGUCACAAGGAGUUGGCAUGACCGCAAACAGAUCUGAGACCAGGCAAAAGUCUAAAUGAAAUAGGUGUUUUAAUAAUUAGUGGACUGAUGGACUUUAAUUCUUCUCCGUUCUCUCCUGUCUCAGUUUAGGCAGUGGGUUGGUGCUGUACUCCAGUGUGCUACAGAGACUGUUCUCUCAGACCCUGUCUGCCUGGACCCCUCUACCUGAAACCAGCCUGGGACAACAGAGAGCAUUCAGGUAUCACACACACCCUGCACGCUACGCAUGCAUACAAACCACAGGAGGUUGGUGGCACCUUAAUUGGGGAGGACGGGCUCGUGGUAAUGGCUGGAGCGGAAUUAGUGGAAUGGUAUCAAAUACAUCAAACACAUAGUUUGAUUCCAUCCGCUCCGUUCCAGCCAUUAUUAUGAGCCGUCCUCCCCUCAGCAGCCUCCACUGAUACAAACACACACGCUACACAAGACUCCAAACCUCUUCAUUUGUAUUCAUAUGUUUAUAAUCUGUCUCUCCUUUGACCCAUAGUGCAGUGCGAGUGUCCGUGUAUCGUACCUUAGAACUCUGGGUAAGAGUGGGAGGAGCCUCAGCCGGUGUCUUGCAGGGAAGCCCCACACAUUCCGAGCUCCUAUUGGCCCACCUGCUGGGAGACAUCACACCAGGGGCGGACUCUGUUAGGGUGAGAGGAUCUGAUUGGUAUAUUGCCAACGAGAAAGCUUAGGAUGGUCACUACUAUGGCUAUGUAGUGCACAAUUUCUGGUCAAAAAGUGUUGGUCAAUAGUAGUGCACUACAUAGGGAAUAGGGUGCCAUUACCCGUUAUUUACUCACGCUCCACUUAAGUGUAACGCCAUCCCCCUCUCGUCUUCUUCUUCCCCUCUCUAGCCCUCUACCUCUCCUCAGCUCCGUGAUCUGGUUUCCAGCAAGCCCUGCCCUAAAAGUCGGAAGCCCGGAUUGGCUAUGGGCGACGGGGGCGGAGCCUCUCUCCAGAGGAAAGGAGACUCGCUGGCCAAUCAGGACACCUGCCUGUCUGCACUCAGAGGUGAGGGGGUGGGGUGUAUCUAGUUUGUUGACAUUUGGUGAUUAUUGGAGACGUGCGUAAACAAAACCAAACAUUUUUGAGUCAUGUUGCCAACGAAUGACCAAUCCCUUUAAUAGUGUAUUUUUAACAUUACAAUCAAUCACAGGUCAAUGAUAUCUUCACUAGCUGUGUUGUGAUGAGAGUAUAGUAAUACAACAUAUGACCGUCUCUCUCUUUGCAGCAUUGAGACAGGUCAUACUGACCAGUGGAUCUCUCCUGAAGGAAGAUAUACACAAGGUCAGUUGUGUGUGUGUUGUGUUAUUACAAACAUUCCCCAUAGUGUGUGUAUGUACAGUCAGGUCCAAAAUUAUUGGCACCCUUGAUAAAGAUGAGCAAAAAAGACUGUAUAAAAUAAAUAAUACAAAUACUGAGCUAUUAACCACUCCUAUGUAAAUGGUAGAUUAUCAGACACUCAAGAAGAAGGUCUGAUUUCAUUAUUACUGAAACAGGAUACAAGUGGGAAAUAUAAAGAUCCAGUCCAUUUAAAAAAUUUGAGGCCCCUUACACUUCAGUGUUGUGAUGCAAACAUUCUAGCAAAAUGUAUAGCGCAUAGAAUUAAAAAGGUAUUGUCAUGGACGUUACAUUGGAGAUAAUAUAAGGCAAGUACUGGAAACAAUACACACUAUAUUCAUAGCUCACUUUGAAAAGGCUUUUGAUAAAAUAUGACUUGAGUUUAUAUAUAAAUGCCUGGAGUAUUUCAAUUUUGGAGAGUCUUUUAUAUAAUGGGUUAAAAUCAUGUAUAGUAACCCUGGGUGUAAAAUAGUAAAUAAUGGCUAUUUCUCAGAAAGUUUUAAACUGUCAAGAGGAGUAAAACAACGUUUGUCCACUAUCGGCAUAUCUAUUAAUUAUGGCCAUCAAAAUGUUAGCUAUUAAAAUCAGAUCCAACAAUAAUAUCAAGGGAUUAGAAAUCCAGGGCUUAAAAACAAAGGUGUCAUUGUACGCUGAUGUUUUCUUUUAAAUCCACAACUUGAAUCCCUCCACAGCCUCAUAGAGGAUCUAGAUAUAUUUUCUAACCACUCAAGGUUACAACCAAAUUAUGAUAAAUGUACUAUAUUACGUAUUGGAUCACAAAAAAAUACAAUUAUUACAUUACCUUGUAGUUUACCAAUAAAAUGGUCUGAUGGUGAUGUGGAUAUACUUGGUAUACAUAUCUGUUACGUGAAUUAUUUAACAAACUAUUUUAGUGUCUCUGUGCGUCUCCCAAAAGGUUGUAAGUAUUUUGGGAUUUAAGUAACGGCCAGAGUCCCGGUCUGCAUAGUCAGAGAAAUGUAUUCAUUGAGAAUUCUGCCAUCACAAUUUCAGAGUCCAUCUUUUAUACUCAUACGUCAUACAAAAAGAAAUCCCUCCCCUCUGUAGGCGGGCUGUAGUUUUCCACUCUAAAACUGCUCUACUGACCUUCAGUUCACACACACACACAUAUACACACAUAAAUACACACAUACAUACACACACACAUAUCCUACUCCCUGCAUUACUCAGUUAUUGCCGUUCUCACAAUAUUCUGCACCAUGUUUUCAUAACAGUUUCUCCCCUCCCUAAAUUGGGAGGCCUCUUUAUCUUAGUUUCUCAGUUGUCUUUGUUGUCUGGCCUAACUCUUACUCACAUUGCUAAAUAGUGGCUCAAUGCCAUAGCCUUUACUGGUCCUACACUCACACAUUUCUAACACAUUAUACACAGUUUCAGGGUGUAAUAAUUAGUCAUUAAUAAUUAAUCUAUCAAUAUCCCAAAAUAAAUAAAUGAUCUCACUCCAAUAAAUGUUAAUAGAAAGUUAGCAAAAAUAGAUAAGAUCUUGCUACCAUGGAAAGGUGGGUGCCUGUCAAUUUGUGGAAAAAUCACCCAGUUUACCUAUUUGCUUAUGGUCUUGCCUACACCUAGCGAACAGUUUUUUAAAUGAUAUGAGAAAAAAAGAUUCAAUUUUAUUUGGAACGGCAAGCCAGACAAAAUGAAACGGGCCUAUUUAUAUAAUUAAUAUGAAUUCAGAGGACAGAAAUUAUUAAAUAUUAACGCAUUAGACCUAUCACUAAAAUCUUCAGUCAUACAAAAGUUAUACUUAAAUCCGAACUGGUUCUUUAGUAAAUUAGUAAGAUUGUCUCACCCCAUGUUCAAGAAUGGCCCUUUUCCCUUUAUUCAGAUUACAACCUCUCACUUUCAGUUAUUUGAAAAGGAAAUCAUCUCCCAAAUAUCACUAUUUCUAAAACAAGCCAUAGAAAGUUGGUUGCAAUUUCAAUUUAAUCCUCCAGAAACGACAGAACAAAUACUGCAACAAAUAUUGUGGUUAAACUCAAAUAUACUAAUUGAUAAAAACCAUUAUUUUUGGAAUAAAAAGUUAUAAUCUUCGUAAAUUAUAUCAUAGCUAGGACCGGUGGAGUUAUGUCGCACAUGCAGCUAACAAAAACAUAUGGAAAUGUCUGCUCUAUCCAACCAAAUAUUUGCAGCAUUACCACAAAAAUGGAAGGGGGGAAAAGUAAGGAACUUGUCUGUAGGCCCUGCAUUAAAGACCAUAAUUGGUUAAAGAAAAUUGUGAUAAAUAAAAAAGUAUACCAGUUUCAUUUAAGGACCAAAGGAUUGACAGCCGUCCCAUAUAGAUUGCAAAAUAGUUGGGAAGAGAUUUCUGACGUACCGAUUCCAUGGCAAAUGGUUUAUGAACUGAUACGCAAAACGACGCCGGAUUCAAAACUUAGAAUUUUUCAAUUUAGGAGGGCGCUAGAGAGCGUGCUAUGGAGUAGACGUGCAUUGCUAGAGCUCCGCUCAAUUUUGAAACAAAUUCAUAUUUAUCUUAACCUCUCACAACCUAUAACUUCAAACAAAUAUGACAAAGGGAAAAGGCAACAAAAAAGGGGGCGCUAAACAAGAUAAUUGGAAUGAGAUAGACAACGAACCAAUUUCAACGUCGCCGACCCACGAGGAGCUAGCUGAAGAGGCUAGCUUCCAAGAGCUCCCCACAGAUCCUACUCAAAGUGACAUACUGGCUGCCAUAAACGCACUAAGCAAGAAGGUGGACACAAGGUUGGCUGAUAUCUCAAAGAGUAUUGGGACUUUGGCCGAAACUGUGAAGGCAACUAAGGGAAGGGUGCACGAGGUUGAGCAGACGACAAUCGAUCACGAGGCCAGGCUACAGGACAUAGAGAAACAGUGCGCAACGCUCAAAAAUGACAACAAAACCCUGAAGGCCCGACUGGAAAUGCUCGAGUCGCAUUCAAGACGCCAGAACAUCCGAAUAUGUGGGAUCCAGGAGGACACGGAGAAAGGGAAACCCACUGAAUUUGUCUCGGAGCUGAUACCGGCAUUGCUGGGGAGUGAUCACUUCAAAACGGCCAUCCUGAUCGACCGCGCACACAGAGCACAGGCAACGAAGCCGGCCAAGGGCGGGCCACCAAGGCCAUUCAUUGUAAGGCUGCACUAUCCCCACACCAGGGAUCUCAUCCUCAAGCUGGCUAGUCAAAAGUUCCCCCUUAACUACAACGGAGCCAGGGUGUCUUUCUAUCCAGAUCUUACCCUGGAGGUGAGGAACCAACGGAAAGAGUAUGAUGAGGUACGCAACAAAUGCAGGGCGGCCAACAUCCGAUAUGGAUUCCUCUUCCCAGCCCGGUUUAAGGUGACAGUCGAGGGAUCAACACGUACGUUUGACAACGCAAAAGAGGCAGAUCUGUUCUUGACAAGCAAGCUCCCCGACUGAGGAUACAGAACGGCUGUGCCAGCAGGCUAAAUGGCCAAAUACAGGCCAGGAUUGUGUGUGAAUUGAAUUUCCGGCCUAUGUCUUUUCGAUCAGAAGAUCAGAAAUUGGGACUUAUAGGAUAGGUGAGAUGUUGUGGCUAAUAUAGCAUUGUUUGGCAUGUCAUGUUUUAGCGCCACUCACCCCCUAACAUGAGAGUUAAGUUAAGUGUUAUUCAAUAUUAGUUUAUAUGCGGAGCAUCUAUAGACGACGAGUUAGUUCAAGCUUUAUGUCUAGACACCCUAACGUUUGUGUGUUAGCCAAGGAGUGCUUCGUUUGGGGAAGUCACUCAGUAAAGGGACGGGAGGGGGGUUGGGGUCUGUGUUUUAUGUUCACGUUUAUUAGUACAGGUGGCAUGACAAGCUCCCGCACGGCGGGACGUUUUUCUUCUGGGUUUUGCAUGACAGCAGCAAUUUGCUUUAAAAUAAGAAAUGCCACAUAGUGACCGAGCACAGAGUAGACCAGGUGGAAUAAAGAUAGUCAGCUGGAACUGUAAUGGAUUAGGGCAUGUCGUGAAACGAGCUAAGGUUUUUUCUCAUCUUAAAUCACUGGGUGCUGACAUAGUGCUUCUUCAAGAAACUCAUAUUAAACGCUCCGCGCAGGCCAAGCUACGAGUCGGCUGGAUCGGUCAGAUAUACCAGUCUAACUUUGAUGCAAAAGCGAGAGGGGUAGCAAUCCUGAUAAGGAAAAACAUUCCUUUUGUUUACUCAACCUCGAUUUCAGAUCCUAAUGGUCGGUAUAUUAUUGUGGCUGGUACACUGAAUUCAAAACCAAUAACCUUGGUCAAUUUAUAUGGACCCAACUUCGAUGAUCCAGUAUUUUUUCAAAGGGUAUUUAAGGCCAUACCAAAUAUCUCGGAUACAGGUGUUAUUGUUGGAGGUGACUUUAACUGUACGUUAGACCCUCUUUUAGAUAAACAGCUAUCAAGGUCACUUCAACAAUCAAAUGCCAGUGUCUGUCUAAAUACAUUGAUGACAAACCUUAACAUUGUCGAUAUUUGGAGACUGACGCACCCAACAGACAGGGAUUAUUCUUUCUUCUCAUCAGUUCAUAAAUCAUAUUCCAGAAUUGACUAUUUUUUGUUGGACUCCAAACUAAUCUCAGCAGCUGAGUCGGUUACCUAUCACCCCAUUCUAAUUACGGACCACUCUCCUCUGUCCAUGGUGCUGAAACUCGACAAUAUGUCGACAGGUCGGCGACCGUGGCGCUUAGACGCAUACCUGUUGAAAGAUGAGGCUUUUUGUCAGUAUUUGGAGGAGCAGAUUGCCUUUUUCCUCAGUACUAACGACACGGGGAUGUUGACGACUCCACCCUUUGGGAAUCUCUAAAGGCUGUGAUUAGAGGUUACAUUAUUUCUUAUACAUCAGAGAGGAAGAAACGUGCCAAUACUAGGCUGAGAGAAAUUGAAAGAGAGUUAGGGGAACAGGAGAACGUUUUUAGGACAAAUUCCUCGUAUACAGUCCUUGAGAAGAUCACAAAGUUAAAGUAUGAAUACAAUACCAUCCUUUCGAAACGGGUGGGCUCUUUACUUGCUAGGACGCAACAAAGUUAUUUUGAACUGGGGGACAAACCACAUAAAUUAUUAGCAAGACAGCUAAGGCAUGUACAAGCAUCUAGAGCUAUUCACAAAAUAAAAGACAAGAAGGGUAAAAUAGUAACAGAUCCACAGGACAUUAAUAAAUGCUUUGCACAGUUUUACUCAGAGCUAUACCAAUCAAAAUGCGAUGCUACUGAUCCACAAACUAUGGAACGCUUUCUCGCUGAUUGUGAACUUCCUAAACUAGACGGGGGGGCAGCUGCCGCACUCGAUGCAGGGAUAACCUUAGAUGAAAUUAACACAGCGAUAGCACAAUUUCCAAACAGCAAGACCCCUGGGCCCGAUGGAUAUGUAAUAGAAUUCUAUAAGAAGUACUGCGCUAGUCUAUCUCCACUUAUGCUGCGAAUGUUUCAACAAUCCAAAGAAAAUACCAAACUCCCGCAAACACUGUAUGAGGCUACAAUAGCCCUGAUCUUGAAAAAAGAUAGAGAUUCCAUGGAGAUGUCGUCGUAUCGCCCCGUGUCGUUACUCCCCAUAGAAAACAAGGUGUUGACAAAGAUAUUGGCAAACCGAUUGAAAAAAUAUAUUUCCGACAUCAUACACCCUGACCAGACAGGUUUUAUCCCGGGCCGACAUAUAUACUACAAUUUGAGACGCCUUUUCAACGUAAUGUAUCAUGAUCAUAAAGUUGAGGCAGUGGUAAUAGCUCUUGAUGCAGAGAAGGCGUUUGAUCAGAUUGAGUGGAAGUAUAUGAUGUCGGUUCUGGAGCAUUUCGGAUUUGGAAAGGAAUUUAUUAAUUGGAUAAGAAUUAUUUAUGCACACCCAAUGGCGUCCGUGGUGACCAAUCAGGAAAUGUCGCAGUCAUUCCGCCUGUUCAAGGGGUGCCGACAGGGGUGCCCUAUUUCGCCUGCUCUCUUCGCUAUAGCCAUGGAACCCCUUGCUACGCGCAUUCGGGCAUGUGCCGAUAUAGCUUCGGUUAAAAUAAAAGACACACAGCACAAAAUUUCCCUAUAUGCAGACGAUGUUCUUUUGUUUUUGUCCAAGCCUAAAACGUCUAUUCCACCAUUACUUAACUUGAUAAACACAUUCGGCUCCUUCUCUGGCUACAAGAUAAACUGGCAAAAAAGUGAGAUGAUGCCAAUAUCACGGCCUGUGGAUAUGCAAUUUCUGCAAUCUACCCCGCUUAGAACUGUGAGGGACAAGUUCACAAGCCUUGGCAUUGUAGUGACAAGAGACCUAGACCAGCUAUUGAAAGUGAAUUGGGACAUGAAAAUAUAUCAGCUUAAACAAAAUAUAGAUUUCUGGAAAACUCUGCCUAUUUCCUUGGUUGGUCGUAUAAACGCUAUUAAAAUGGUUGUCCUACCCAGGUUUCUUUACCUCUUCCAAUGUCUACCCAAUUUCAUACCACAAAGCUAUUUUAAGAAACUGGAUUCAAUAGUAACUCCAUUUUUAUGGGAUAACAAGGCAGCCAGAAUUGCAAAGAAGCAUUUAUGCAAGUACAAGAUAGAGGGGGGCUUUGGCCUUCCUCACUUCAAACUGUAUUAUUGGGCUGCUAAUCUGAACAUUGUGUCUUUCUGGAGGGAAAGUUUACCUGAGAUGAGACGGAAGGAUAUGCCUUCAUGGCUUUUGAUUGAGCAGGCCUCCUGUCAACGCUCCUCACUCCCUGCACUUGUUAAUAGCCCAUCAUAUGUGAAAAAAGCCACUAAUGACUCCAAUCCAGUCAUUUGUCAUACUCUUAGGAUCUGGAAACAGAUUAGGGAUUUUCUUAACAUACCCACUGUGUACAUAGACAGCCCGAUUAGCCGGAAUCAUGCUUUCCACCCUGCAAUGGAUGAUGUGGUGUUUUCACAGUGGAGGGAGAAGGGGCUCACAACAAUUGGUAAUCUAUACAUAGAUGGUCAGUUAGCUUCAUUCCAACAACUACAGGCAAAGUUCAACAUGCCAACAACACAUUUUUUCAGAUACCUCCAAAUCAGGAAUUUCUUAAGGACACACAUCCCACAGUAUGGCAUGAAGCCAAAUAGCCCUACAUUAGAUAGCUUGAUCCUUGUCAAACCCCAUUCAAAAGGAUCGGUCUCCAGACUGUAUGAUGUGCUACAGGCCCACAUAGAGGUAUCCACAGACACCAUUAAAAGGGCUUGGGAACAAGAACUUGGUUCAGAAAUCUCAAAUGAGGACUGGAUAGAAGCUCUCAGGAAUAUAAACCACAGUUCAGUGAAUGCCAGACACAACCUUGUACAGUUUAAGGUGAUACACAGGUUACACUACUCAAAAGUAAAACUGCAUAAAAUAUUCCCGGACACCUCACCACUGUGUGAGAGGUGCAAGCAGGAGGAGGGGACGUUGUCCCACUUAUUCUGGACAUGCCCUAAAUUACAGGCUUACUGGGCUCUCAUUUUUGAUUACUUAUCUAAGGCCUUUGAUAGAGUUCUAGCCCCAGACCCAUUGAUCGCUCUGUUUGGUACAGUUGAUGGGAAUAACCAGGAGGGUAAAGCUGUCUCUCUUUGUACUCUAUUAGCCAAAAGGCUCAUAUUGCAAUUUUGGAAAUUGGAGACUGUACCUACCUUUGAAAUGUGGUUACGGGAUUUAGGGAAUGUAAUCCAUAUGGAAAAGAUUCGAUACAACACCUCCAAUAGAAGUCCAUUGUUUUACAAAAUAUGGCAGCCGAUACUGGAUAAGUGGUCUAGUCCCGCUUCAUAACUGGGCUGACGAUCUGCUGCUACUCUGUGCUGUACUCCACUCAAUAUUUAUUUUUGGCUGAACUACACUGCUUGUAAUGACUAUAUGCUGUCUUCUUAUACACGUACCACCUAAUAGGAUUUUGUUUUAUUUUGUGUAUGUGUGAGUUAACUUUUGUUUUGUCCUCUAAACUGGCCAUCCCAUCCAACAGUACAAUGAAUGUCAUUGUUUGUAUUGCUGUCUCUUUUACUUUAUUUUUAUUGGAAAAUAAUAAACAUAUUAUAAAAAUAAAAAAAAAUAGAAUUUUUCAAUUUAAAUUAUUAUAAAAAAUUAUUGCAACCAAUAUAAUGUUAUUUAUAUGGGGGAUACAAUCUUCCCAGCUCUGCAGAUUUUUGCUGCGAAGAGACAGAAUCUUUAGAUCAUUUGUUUUGGUACUGUCCAUUUGUAGCUUGUUUUUGGUCACAGGUCCAGGAAUGGCUGAAGGAUUGCAAUAUUUACCUGGAGCUAACCCUGCGGAUAGCACUACUGGGUGAUCUGAAAAGUCAUAGUCAAUCGAUCAAUAAUAUAAUACUUUUAGCAAAAAUGUUAAUUUUCAAUUUACAAUCUGUAGAAACAAUGAGAAUAGAAGGAUUCAAAACUUUUGUGAAACAUCACAGUACAGUUGAAAAAUAUAUGGCAAAUAGAAAUCCAAUAUGGAUGGUGUUAAGAGAUAGAUGGGAGGUGUUGAAUGGAGCUGAAGUUUGGGACUAAUAACAACAAGAUAACUAAUGUAAAACAUACUGUGUCCCAGUACCAGGACAUUUAAGCCAAAAAUCCGGUUGCCUCUGCCAGGAAGCUGAAACUUGACCGUGUGUGGAUUUUCCAGCAAGACAAUAACCCCAAGCAAACAGCAAAUUCCACAAAGAAAUGGUUAAUUGACCAAAACAUCUACAUUUUGCAAUGGCCAUUUUAGUCUCCGGACUUGAACCCCAUUGAAAACCUGUGGUUUGAAUUGAAGAAGGCAGUCCAUAAGAGCAGACAAAGGAUAUCAAGGAUCUGGAAAUAUUCUGAAUGGAGGAAGUGUCUAUGAUCCCUCCCAAUAAUUUUGGUCAUGUUUGUUUAUGUGUGUGCUCCUUUCCCUCCCCUCUCUCUCUCUUUCUCUCCUGCCCCUUUGUGUGUCUGUGAUCACUGUGUAUGUUAACCCUCUAUCUCCCUUCCCAUCCAUCUCUCUCCCCAUAGCGUCUCCACGAUGUCGUCCUCCCGCUGUGUGCACGUCUGCAGCAACAGCACGGUGCUACCGGGAGUGACAGCGGGGCUGGGAGGGUGAGUGGGCAGUAUGGCAGUGCCCCCCCCCGUAGGGAGCUGUACCGUCUGCUACUGGCUCUGGUCCUAGUGCCUCCACCUCGAUGGCCCCCACCCCUCACCUGUACUGUGUCUAUACUCAGCCACGGGAGGAGGGAUAGGAGUCUGAAGGUAGGGGGAAAUAUACCCGCAGGGACAACACACGCAUGCACACACACAGACACACACACACACGCUAAUAGACACGCAUGCACACACACACAUGCAGGAACCCUACCUACACACACACACACAGGGACUGCAACCUGAAAGUACAUAUGCAUGCACCACGCACACACCACUCAGGGAGGGGGACUAAAGGGUUAUUUAGGGACUGUGACUAGCACACUGUAGUGUUUUGGUUUGGUGGUCUGUGUUUACGCAACCAAGUAAACAUAAUUCUGCCUCUUCUGUUCCACUUUAAAUAAGAACAUACACACACUCACUCACACAAUCAACACAUGCACAAACACAAAACUACACGUAUAGAACACACACACAGAUAUAUCUAUACAUGCAUACAUACAGUGCCUUCGGAAAGUAUUCAGACCCCUUUACUUUUUCCACAGCCUUAUUCUAAAAUGGAUUUAAAAAAUAUAUAAAAAUCCUCAGCAAUCUACACACAAUACCCCAUAAUGACAAAGCGAAAACAGGUUUUUAGACAUUUUUCCAAAUGUAUUAAAACUUAAGAAAACAUAAAUACCUUAUUUACAUACAAUACCAGUCAAACGUUUGGACACACCUACUCAUUCAAGGGUUUUUAUUUAUUUUUACUAUUUUUUACAUUGUAAAAUAAUAGUGAAGACAUCAAAACUAUGAAAUAACACAUGGAAUCAUGUAGUAACCAAAAAAGUGUUAAACAAAUCAAAAUAUAUUUGAGAUUCUUCAAAUAGCCACCCUUUGCCUUGAUGACAGCUUUGCACACUCUUGGCAUUCUCUCAACCAGCUUCAUGAGGUAGUCACCUGGAAUGCAUUUCAAUUAAAAGUUAAUUUGUGAAAUGUCUUCACUUCUUAAUGCGUUUGAGCCAAUCAGAUGUGUUGUGUCAAGGUAGGGGGGUAUACAAAAGAUAUCCCUAUUUGGUAAAAGACCAUGUCCAUAUUAUGGUAAGAACAGCUCAAAUAAGCAAAGAGAAACGACAGUCCAUCAUUACUUUAAGAAAUGAAGGUCGGUCAAUACGGAACAUUUCAAGAACUUUGAAAGUUUCUUCAAGUGCAGUCGCAAAACCAUCAAGCGCUAUGAUGAAACUGGCUCUCAUGAGGACCACCAAAGGAAUGGAAGACCCAGAGUUACCUCUCCUGUAGAGGAUAAGUUCAAUAGUUACCAGCCUCAGAAAUUGCAGCCCAAAUAACUGCUUCACAGACUUCAAGUCACAGACACAUCUCAACAUCAGCUGUUUAGAGGGGACUGUGUGAAUCAGGCCUUCAUUGUCGAAUUGCUGCAAAGAAACCACUACUAAAUGACGCCAAUAAGAAGAAGAGAACUGCUUGGGCCAAGAAACACGAGCAAUGGACAUUAGACUAGUGGAAAUUUGUAAUUUGGUCUGGAGUCCAAAUUUGAGAUUUUUGGUUCCAACCGCUGUGUCUUUGUGAGAUGCAGUGUGGGUGAAAGGAUGAUCUCUGCAUGUGUAGUUCCAACCGUAAAGCAUGGAGGAGGUGUUAUGGUGUGGGGGUGCUUUGCUGGUGACACUGUCUGUGAUUUAUUUAGAAUUCAAGGCACACUUAACCAGCAUGGCUACCAAAGCAUUCUGCAGCGAUACGCCAUCCCAUCUGGUUUGGGCUUAGUGGAACUAUCAUUUGUAUUUCAACAGGACAAUGACCCAACACACCUCCAGGCUGUGUAGGUGCUAUUUUACCAAGAAGGAGAGUGAUGGAGUGCUGCAUCAGAUUACCUGGCCUCCACAAUCCCCCGACCUCAACCCAAUUGAGAUGGAUUGGGAUGAGUCGGAUGGUAGAGUGAAGGAAAAGCAGCCAACAAGUGCUCAGCUAAUGUGGGAACUCCUUCAAGACUGUUAGAAAAGCAUUCCAAGUGAAGCUGGUUGAGAGAAUGCCAAGAGUGUGCAAAGCUGUCAUCAAGGCAAAGGGUGGCUAUUUGAAGAAUCUCAAAUAUAAAAUAUAUUUUGAUUUGUUUAACACUUUUUUUGGUUACUACAUGAUUCCAUGUGUUAUUUCAUAGUUUUGAGGUCUUCACUAUUAUUUUAAUGUAGAAAAUAGUACAAAUAAAGAAAAACCCUUGAAUGAGUAGCUGUGUCCAAACUUUUGACUUGUACUGUAAGUAUUCAGACCCUUUGCUAAGAGACUUGAAAUUGAGCUCAAGUGCAUUCUGUUUCCAUUGAUCAUCCUUGAGAUGUUUCUACAACUUGAUUGGAGUCCACCUGUGGUACAUUCAAUUGAUUGGACAAGAUUUGGAAAGGCACACACCUGUCUAUAUAAGGUCCCACAGUUGACAGUUAAUGUCAGAGCAAAAACCAAGCCAUGAGGUCGAAGGAAUUGUCCGUAGGGCCCAUUUCAUUUAAGGACCAAAGGAUUGACAGCCUUCCCAUAUAGAUUGCAAAAUAGUUGGGAAGAGAUAUUUGAUGUACCGAUUCCAUGGCAUAGUGUUUACGAACUGAUACGCAAAACGACGCCGGAUUCAAAACGUAUAAUUUUUCUAUUUAAAUUAUUAUAUGGGGGAUACAAUCUUCCCAGCUCUGCAUUUGUAGCUUGUUUUUGGACACAGUUCCAGGAAUGGCUGAAUGAUUGCAAUAUUUACCUGGAGCUAACCCUGCAGAUAGCACUACUGGGUGAUCUGAAAAGUCAUAGUCAAUCAAUCAAUAUGAUAAUAAUACUUUUUUUUUUUGGGGGGGGGGGGGAUGGAUCAGCUUAAUAUUGCAGAUAGAUUGUAUCUUCUAUCAAUGUAAUUGUCUGCAUCACUUCCAAUCCCCCAUGUUUUUUAUAUAUAUAUUCCCCAUUAUUACUUUUCAACCCCACGAUCCUUUCCCUACUUGGAGUAAAUUAGUGAACAACAAUGCCCAGGCCUCUACUUCCGGUCUAUACUAACUAUCUACACCUUAUGGACAGAGUUAAUUUUACAAUAAUUCUAUUAUAUAUAUAUAUAUAUUUUAUUUAUUUUUUGCUCCUGAACUUCUUCUACUCUCAACCUCUCCGAUCAUUUUCAUGAUGUCCAUCCGGUUUGCUUCUAUAUGCCAUAUCUUUCUAACUGUGCUCUUUCCCAAAAGCUCCCAACAUACAACCUAUAUACUUAUUAUGGACACAGUAUGCUUACAUUAUUAGCUAUCUUUGUUAUUAUGUGUUGUUAUUAGUCCCAUCCUUCAACUCUAAUAAUAAUUUUAGCAAAACAAUUUAUUUUCAAUUUACAAUCUGUAGAAACAAUGAGAAUAGAAGGGUUCAGAACUUUUGUGAAACAUCACAGUACAGUUGAAAAAUAUAUGGCAAAUAGAAAUCCAAUAUGGAUGGUGUUAAGAGAUAGAUGGGAGGUGUUGAAUGGAGCUGAAGGAUGGGACUAAUAACAACUAAUAACAACAAGAUAACUAAUGUAAAGCAUACUGUGUCCAUAAUAAGUAUAUAGGCUAUAGGUUUAGAGCUUUUGUGAAAGAGCACAGUUAGAAAGAUAUGGCAUAUAGAAGCAAACCGGAUGGACAUCAUGAAAAUGAUCGGAGAGAUUGAGGGUAGAGGAAGUUCAGGAGUAAAAACAAACAACAUAGAAUUGCUGGGCCACUCAAGGACAUUUAGAGACUUGUCCCGAAGCCACUCCUGCGUUGUCUUGGCUGUGUGCUUAGGGUCGUUGUCCUGUUGGAAGGUGAACCUUCGCCCCAGUCUGAGGUCCUGAGCGGUCUGGAGCAGGUUUUCAUUAAGGAUCUCUCUGUACUUUGUGCCGUUCAUCUUUCCCUCGAUCCUGACUAGUCUCCCAGUCCCUGCUACUGAAAACCAUCCCCACAGCAUGGUGUUGCCACCACCAUGCUUCACCGUAGGGAUGGUGCCAGGUUUCCUCCAGACGUGCCACUUGGCAUUCAGGCCAAAGAGUUCAUUCUUGGUUUCAUCAGACCAGAGAAUCUUGUUUCUCAUGGUCUGAGAGUCCUUUAGGUGCCUUUUGGCAAACUCCAAGUGGGCUGUCGUGCCUUUUACUGAGGAGUGGCUUCCGUCUGGCCACUCUACCAUAAAGGCCUGAUUGGUGGAGUGCUGCAGAGAUGGGAGAACCUUCCAGAAGGACAACCAUAUCCACAGACGAACUCUGGAGCUCUGUCAGUGACCAUCGGGUUCUUGGUCACCUCCCUGACCAAGGCCCUUCUCCCCCGAUUGCUCAGUUUGGCCGGGCGUCCAGCUCUAGGAAGAGUCUUGGUGGUUCCAAACUUCUUCCAUUUAAGAAUGAUGGACGCCACUGUGUUCUUGAGGACCUUCAAUGCUGCAGACAUUUUUUGGUUCCCUUCCCCAGAUCUGUGCCUCGACACAAUCCUGUCUCGGUGCUCUACGGACAAUUCCUUCGACCUCAUGGCUUGGUUUUUGCUCUGACAUGCAUUGUCAACUGUGGGACCUUAUAUAGACAGGCGUGUGCCUUUCCAAAUCAUGUCCAAUCAAUUGAAUUUAUCACAGGUGGACUCCAAUCAAGUUGUAGAAACAUCUCAAGGAUGAUCAAUUGAAACAGGUUGCACCUGAGCUCAAUUUCGAGUCUCAUAGCAAAGGGUCUAAAUACUUUUUUUUUUUACAUUUGCAAACAUUUCUAAACCUGUUUUUGCCUUGUCAUUAUGGGGUAUGGUAUGUAGAUUGAUGAGGGUUAAAACUUAUUUUAAUUCAUUUUAGAAUAAGGCUGUAGGUCAAGGGGUCUGAAUACUUUCCAAAUGCACUGUGUGUAUGUGUAUGCAUAGCUUGUGGGUAAGUGGUUAGUUUAGUUCAGAUCAGCUUUCUUUAUCUAGAUAAAGAUGUAGCCUAAUAUUGCAUGUGUCACUGUCUGUUGCAAAACAAUCACAAAUACACUUAUAAUUGAUCAACAUAAUAUAGUGUAACCUUAUGAACAUGUCAAAUGCAUUUACAACAGAGGAUUCAUUUUCUAGAGUUGAUUGUGUAGUUUGUUUGAGGUUUGAAUAGGAUGCGAUAGUGUAUGUAAAUACUAUCUGUCACUGACUCUGGCUAGUGGAGACAGUUCCAUGCAUUUCAGUCUUUGUCUCUCUAUCUGAAGCUCAUGUGAUAAUGGUACUGUACUAGCAAUGAGUAAGACUAUUUCAGUCAGUGUGUAACACUAGACCAACAAAGAUGUAACUGUGGAAUGUUUUUAAAGACAGUUCAGAAGUAGUUUAGUGGUGUUAUUUUACCCUUGUGCUGUUGAGGACUAUUUAGACUGGUUUAGAGCGGUGUAAUACUCUGGGAAGAUGUGUAUAUAGCGUAGGAGUAUUUUCCAUGUGUGCUGUUAUUUUCUCCUUUUGGUUAGCUCAGGCAAAUUUGUAUCUUUAGUGAAAUGUAUUGGACUAGGAAGUGACCUUUGGAAUACAUUUGCUUACUGAGCUGUCUACUUUCUCUUCAUCCCUUUCUCUCCCUCUCUCUCUCUCUCUCCCUCUCUCUCCCCCUCUCUCCCUCUAUCUCUAUCUCUCUCUCUCUCUCCAGGUAUCCUCCUUCUGUACAGAGGCCCUGACCAUAUGCAACUCCCUCCUCCACCCGCGCACCCCCUCCCUCUCCUUCCCCCUGCCCCCCCUCACCCUCAAACCCACCCCCUCCCAGGCAUCCAGCCUCACCCUCCUAGGGGGGCCCACCCCUGGAACUCCCUUCCCCAGCCGACACCACCUGGGCCUUGGCCACACCGCCCUGCUAGGCUCCCUGGACAACCACCUACCUCUGGUUGUUCCAGGGCUCUCCGGCCAGGGCUCUACCCCAGGAGACCUGCUCCUGUCCCCCCAUCAAGGUGAGCUGGCCGGGCUGGGGCUCCCCGAGGGCCAGAGACCUGUCUUCAUCCGUUACGACAAAGAAGAAGCAGAGGAUGUGGAGAUUUCACUAGAGAGCGACUCGGACGAUAGCGUGGUCAUCGUGCCACAGGGGAUGCUGAUGUUAGAAAGCCAAGAUGGCACCAGCGCUGCGGCCACUCUUCCCGGGUCUUCUUUAGCACCAGGUGGCGUCACACUCCCCGUGCCCGGUCCAGGGGGCGACCCAGGCAGGGACAUCUCCCUCCCCCUUUCCUUCUCCAACAACCUUCCCUCCACCUCCCUUCCUCACCCUCUCCUCCCCUCCUCCACCAUCAACUCGUUCCCUCCAGCUCCGCUAGUCUCUCUCGUUCCCCCUCUCAACUCCACCAGUGUGGCCCAGCUUGGGGAACCCUCUGUGGGGUUAGGAGUCGGGGCUGACUCCCUGCCUGGAGCCCAGCUCCAGCAGAUGUUGCUGCAGGGCCAGCCUCCAGCACCAGGUCAACCCACAGCACUGGGUCUCCCCAUACAGGUACAAAAAUCACUUCAUUUUCACUUAAAGGUCCAGUCGUUAAGUUUCGCUUGUGUCUUUUUACUUUUGGUUUUGUACACCAGCUGAAAAUACAAUAUGUAUGUAUGGUACACAUAGCUUGUUUUGUCACAUAAACUGAAAAAUAAAUAAAUUAAAAGGCAUUUUAGAAACCAGGAAAUGACAGAGCUAUUUAUACGCAUUGCGCCUUUAAAUACAAUUGUCUAACUAACUUGAACUCUACAGAUGCACCAGAACCAGUUAGCCCAGUCCAGCAGAGCCCUACAGCAGCAACAGCAGUCCAUUGACGAAGAUCACACGGUCAUUAAUAUCAACAGCUCUGAUGAAGAAGAGGAGGAUGAAGAGAUGGAGGAUGAGGAUGAGCUCGGAGAGGAGGAGGAAGAGGAGGGUCUGGAGGACGAAGAAGAGGAAGGGAGCGAUUUCCCCGAUGAGGAAGAAUAUUAUGAUGAAGAAGAGUUUGAUGAUUAUGAGGCGGAAGAGGGGGAGGAGAUGGAGGAUGAAGAGGAGGAGGGAGAGAUUCGGCCGUUGGACAGAGAAGGGAGGAGAGGAGAGAUGGGAGGACAAGAGGAAGGAGAGGUGCUCAGAGGGUUGGCGGAGGAAGGAGGGAUAGGAGGAUUUCGAGUGGAGAGAGAGGGGGAAGGAGGGAUAGAGGAGCUGGAGACGGACAGAAGCGCGUACGGGGAGGAAGGGAUAAAGGCUCAGGAGGUAGAGAGCAUCGGAGUGCUGGAGGAAGAGAGAGAGGGAGAGGAGGAUGACGAUGAAGGAAUGAAUGACCCGACCAUGCCUCAGAUCCUGUGUGUGACGGGCGGAGCUCUGGAAGAGAGGGAGGAGCUAGAUCGGGAGGGGCAUGGGCAGAAAGUGAGGUCAUGGGAGCAGAAGGGAGCCAAUCGGCCGGAGGGAAUGUCCUCUUCUGAAGAAGGACCUGCUCCUCAACACCAACAGGAGGCGGGGCCUGCACCGGAAGUGAGGGUGGACGGCGACAAUCAGCCAUCCAAUCAGGAGGGCGAAACAUCCAAACAGGGCGGCGACAACUCCGGACAGGAAAUGAGGUCAUCAACAGCUCCGAGUGAGACAAAGGGGGAGGGGCCUGAACGAGAGAAAGGAGGAAAAGAGGGCGAGGAAGGAGAGGCUGAAGAAGAGGAUGGGAGAGGGAUGAAGAGGAAGAGGGAGGGAGAGGAGGAGGAGGAGGAAGGAACAGGACAGGGAACAGAGAAGAACAAGGUAAGAAAACAGACUGUUCAAAAAGUGUCCAUAUAACCAUCGUACAACUCAGGCUUUUUGUACUAUACAACCCACACAUUGGAUAUGGCUUAGGGGGAAUACUUUAUUUGUAGAUAUACAAAUGAUGUUGGUUAAUGACUGUUGUGCAUUUCCUCUGCCAAAUAAAUACAUUUUGGUCAACAAAAUUAAUAACUUAUGUUGACCAAAAUAAUAUUUAUUUAUCUAACAACCCUCUCUCUCUCUUUCUCACUCACUCACUCACUCUCACUCAGUUGGAUGAAGAAGCGAUGGCGUCCAUGUUAGCCGAUUUCGUAGCCUGCCCUCCGGACAAUGUAGAAAAUGUGCCCUCUGCAUCCAACCGCCCAUCCUAA